GCGAAAAAAAGAAAAUGAAUGGGACUGGAAGAAGAAAAGAUUAGAAGAGGUGAGCAGGAUGAAAAAGAAGACGAGGAGGAGGACAAGAACAAGUAGAAGAUGAGAAAAAGAACAAGAGGAGGAGGAGGAGAAGAACAAGAUGGGAAGGAGAAGAACAAGAGGAAGAGGAAGAGGAAGAGUGGUUUGCGUGACGACAGGGGGGUUUGCGACGCAACUUUGCGUGUCGACUCGGGGAAAGGUCGACUUUUCUCUCCCGGGGAAAAGAAAAAGAGAAAACAGAGGGGACUGGAGGAAAGGAUGAGAAGAGAAGAGGAAGAAGAAGAGGAGGAGGAGGAGGAGGAGGAGGAGGAGGAGGAGGAGGAGGAGAAGAGGAGAAGAAAAAGAAGACAUGGAGGAGGUGAAGAAGAAGAAGAAGAAGAAGACGAAGACGAAGAAGACGAAGAAGAAGAAGAAGAAGAAGAAGAAGAAGAAGAAGAAGAAGAAGAAAAAGAAAGAAGAAGAGGAGGAGGAGGAGAAGGAGGAGAUGACAAGGAUGAUGAUGGAUAGGAGAGGAGGAAGUAGUGGAGGAGGAGGUGGAGAAGAAGAAGAAGAAGAGAGGAGUCUCGCAGCUCUCUCUCUCUCUCAGCUUGAGUCAUGAUGGCGGGCUCGUGCAGCAUCUC